GCGCCAGAAGACAAAGUAGACAUCACUGACAGCGAAUCACCAGAUUACGAAGAUCCCAUACAGCAACCAGAUAAUUUGACAAUAAUUGAAUGAAGAUGGGUAUGAACAGAUUGGCAGGUGUUUUUCUGGUGUCAGUAUUGCUAUGUGCGCAGCUAGCAAGGUCAGCUCGAAUGAACCCAAAGCUUCUCUCGUAUAUGGUCCAAGGUAAACGAGCUGGGACGGACAUAUCAUUUAACGAAAUUGACAGAGAGAGACAAGGUACAGUCAGCAUAUCAGAGGUCAAAGAACUUUUAGAGAACCUUGUUGAAGCUGAUGCUAACGGAGAUGGCGCUGUGACGCUGAAAGAAUGGAACACGCUGCAGGACUGGUACCAGGGAGAUCAAAGUUAAAAAAGUCACGUGACAUAUUGGAAUAUGCACAGCUCAGUCAUCUUCACUUUAAUCAAUGUGCAAUAUUGCGCCCUCUAAUCUAAUUACAUCCUCAGUUUGCUGUGCAAAAUAUUAGUCUAUUUUUAUGAUCGGUAUGCUGGAUAUGUCGCGCAUUAUUCUGCAAAUGUAUCAUUACUGAGCGGGUGGGUCUGUUGUUGUCAUGGGAAUGUGUUUCCUUCAAUUGAAAAAGCAACAUGCGAAUUUUGAGUUUUUUUCCUAUACUGUGAUCACAUCUUUUAACGUUCUUGUAAAUAGUGUUUGAUUUCGUCAGAACAAAGAAGCAGCUGUUUAAUUGUUUGAUAAUAUGUAUUACCACGUGAAGAUGAUGCUGUUUUUCUAUGAUCAUUGGUCUAAAGGUGAUCACAUCCGGGUGAUUGUAGUAUAUUUACACCUUUCCAAAAAUGUAUAGAUAAAUAGCGCCCUCGCAGACCCGACUUACGAAAUGUUGGACAUUCUGAUGUACAAAUAUUUUGACAAGAAAUAAAUCCGUUGU